ACGCGCCGGCCGAGCGAGGGGACCACAGAUCCCAGAAGGCGCUGAGUCGGCAGUGGAGGAGGUGGGCAGAAUGUCCAGUCUGCUUGCAGCCUCCGGUCGGGCGCUCUUCGAGUUGGCUUUCUGCACACAUGGUACCGGCCACAAUACCCCCUAGACUGUUUGGGAAAUGGCGCAGGCAAUAAUUUGUAACACUCGCGUUAUAUAAAACAAAACACUCCUGUGUUAUCAGAGCCUCGUGGACUGCAGUGUUUGCGGCUCCUGGUUUCCUUUCUAUCCUGUCAUUUUUUUUAUUGGCUGGAGAGACUGUUGGGGAUCGUGGAGCAGAGUUUGAGUGAGCGUCUCAAGCAGCGAGGCAGCCCCCGACUCGGGAACUGUGGCGCUCGUCACUUUGUUACAGGGGUAAUCGAGUUGGAAACAUUGUACCGCAGCCUGUUGUGUGGGUGCCGGAUGGCAGAGGCUGUCCACUCGCGCACACGCUCUGCCCCGGGAGGGGGAGUUUGACGGAGGGCAACGCACCGACUUGACAGUUCAGGAAGUGGUUUGAAAUGGGCUAUACACGGAAAAGGUUGCCGGCGUGUCAGCAUUAAAAUCCGCAGCAGACCGGCGGCAGAUCCGUCCAGAAUGGCAUCAAGUAACUCCAGUUUAUCUGGCUCGUCAGUCUCGUCAGGUUGCACUGGCAGCUAUGGGACAGCAAGCAUGAUGCUGGAGGAACCUGGGAUAUGUGGAUGGAAACGGACAGGCAUGCUUUCAGCUCAAGACCCUUCACCUGGACGUAAUCAGGCACAAAAACAUGCUGAAGAAUACCAACCACCGAUAUGGAAAUCCUACUUAUACCAGUUACAGCAAGAAGCACCACGUCCAAAGAGAAUGACUUGCCCCCGAGAGGUUGAAAACAGACCAAAGUACUAUGGAAGAGAAUUCCAUGGGAUGAUAUCUCGUGAGGAGGCUGAUGAACAGCUUGGUGGAGUUGAGGGAGCUUACCUCAUCAGAGAGAGUCAACGUCAGCCAGGGAGUAACACUUUGGCUCUGAGAUUUGGAUAUCAGACAUUAAACUACAGAUUGUUCUAUGAUGGAAAGCACUUUGUAGGAGAGAAACGAUUUGAGUCAAUCCAUGAUCUCGUGACGGAUGGUUUGAUAACCCUUUACAUAGAAACUAAAGCAUCUGAGUAUAUUUCUAAGAUGACCACCAAUCCCAUCUAUGAGCACAUAGGAUAUGCCACACUGUUGAGAGAGCAAACCUCAAAAAGACUGAUAAAAACAAAGCAAGACAUUAGGAAGGUGUCCUUGAUGAACGAUGAAAACAGUUCAGUUGAAAAGAUCACCUCGCUUGUCAGAAGGGCUGCCUUGAAGCAAAAUGAGAACAACUUCAACUAUGAGAAAGCUCACAAUUUUAAGGUCCAUACAUUCAGAGGUCCUCACUGGUGUGAAUUCUGUGCCAACUUUAUGUGGGGCCUGAUAGCACAGGGAGUCAGGUGUUCAGAUUGUGGUUUGAAUGUACAUAAGCAGUGUUCGAAGUUUGUACCUAAUGAUUGUCAGCCUGACCUCAAAAGAAUCAAGAAGGUGUACAGUUGUGACCUGACGACACUGGUGAAGGCCCACAAUACGCAGAGGCCUAUGGUGGUGGACAUGUGCAUUCGGGAGAUUGAGGCUCGAGGUUUGAAAUCCGAGGGGCUUUACAGAGUGUCUGGAUUUAGCGAACACAUAGAAGAUGUUAAAAUGGCAUUUGACCGAGAUGGUGACAAAGCUGACAUCUCUGCCACAAUGUAUGCAGACGUCAAUAUCAUUGCUGGGGCCCUUAAGCUGUACUUUAGGGAUCUGCCAAUACCUGUCAUCACCUAUGAUUCGUAUCAGAAGUUCAUUGAAUCAGCCAAAAUUACUAGCCCGGAUGACAGGCUGGAGGCGAUCCAUGAAUCAUUGAUGUUACUACCUCCGGCGCACUAUGAGACUUUGCGACAUUUGAUGAUUCAUCUGAAAAAGGUCACUUUGCUCGAAAAGGAAAACUUGAUGAACGCAGAGAACCUUGGGAUUGUCUUUGGGCCAACGCUGAUGCGACCUCCUGAGCAAAAUACACUGGCAACUUUGAAUGACAUCCGAUACCAGAGACUGAUCGUCCAGCUCUUGAUUGAAAAUGAAGAUGUAUUGUUCUGAGAAAGGAAAGCAAUAUGACAUAUUAAAAAAAAACAAUGCUGUAGUUGCAACUUGUGACCGAGCUAUAACGGCACUGCUGAGUCCUUAUAGGUUGGCUGUGUGGACGAAGAAAGCUGUGACACUGCAGACAUCCUGCAGUCCUUUCUUGUUAGGAAAUACAUGUUUAAUAUAUGAGCUAAGGCCGGUAAAGAAAACUGUUCCUAAUAUCUUAUACACUUUUGAACAUCAGUUGGACAGAGUUAUAUUAGGAAGAACAAAGCAACAGUUAUAUGUACAAUUCCCAUAAGCUGCAGAGUUGAUUUCAUUGUUCCUUUUUUAGAAUAUAUAUAUAUAAAGGCAUAUACGCUCAAUCAAAAAUGCCAAUAAUCAAAAUUCCACUCCAAAGUUAGCCUGGUGCGAAGUGAGUGUAUUUUCAUUUGUAAUAAUAGUAUUUACUUGUUUUGUAUUUGAAUUAUAUCACAGAGUUCAGAAUUGCACUAAGUGUCUCUACAAAUUGGUAUAUCAACUAAUAUAUACCUUUACAUUUUUUUUCAAGGUUCAUUAACUUAAAUAGAGAUUUGUGCUACAUAUAACAAAUUAUCCAGCUAAUAUACUACAAGUGAUCAAUUUUAUAAUGAUUGUGGGAGAUCUGUGCCACUUACAUGCAACAGUAAAGGACAGCAUUCAAAUAGUAAUGUUCACAAUCUGUAAUUAUAAUUUUUCCUUUUCUGCUUCAAAUUCCCCCUAUAUUUACUGAGUGCUCAGUCAACGUUCCUCUCAUUUUUUUUUACACAGCUGUGCAGGCCCACCAUUGCUAUGUGUGCAGCACUUUAAUAAAAUAUUAUAUAAAAAGAAAUUCCAGCUGCACGGACAUAAAGGCUAUACGCACUUGAGCAUUACAGUUACUGUGCAGCUUCAAGAGAAUGGUGGUACUCAGUAAAAAAUUGAUUAAUUGUCACAUUACUGAAUUUAGGACUGGUGCCUAUUGAUUCGUGGAAGGCAUUUAAUUGUGUAUAUGUAUAAAGCUGUACUUAGUUGUCAAUUUGGUAAUGAUAGCAGAAAGUCACCAAAGUUAUGAGUUGAGGAGGAGGAGGGAUCUUCUGUAGUUUUUCCAUGUUAUUGAGAACAUUAGUUAUGAUCCCUAAGUGAGCAGCAUUUGAAAACAGUCAAACAUAGUACCUUCAUGAUAAAUUUCUGAAUUCCGUCACUUUGGUUAAAAACACUUGUGAAAUCAUUUAUGUAUUGGAAUAGCAACAUUCUAUGACACAACAGCAGUCCACUCAUCUUUUGAAAAAUACAUCAGUUCAAAAUGGUUGAAACAUCCUGAAGUAUUUUGUGCAUAUAAAUUUGAUAAUUUUCAAAUCCAAAUACGAUUUCUGUAUAAAUCAAAUGCUGCAGUUGCUUAAAAGACCACUUUUUGAUUCCUUUCUGAGGUGUAAGUUUGAUUGUUAUGUUGUAUUUGCCAUUGUCACUGGUACCCAUAAAUGAAAUGUCUUCCUUCAAAAACUUUGGCUAUUUUAUUUCUCCUCUAGUAAUGUGUGAAUGAUACCAGAUUUAUGUUGUAAAUUAAACAAUGUACUGUGAAAAUUUUAUUAAACGUGGCAUUAAAUUCAAAUGCAGAAA